ACCACUUUAGUUUGUAAAUAAUAAUAACUAUAAAAAUUAAAUUGUAAUUAAUAAUUUUUGCUUUUAUAGUCUAGACUGUCUAAAGCUGUACAUCGUAGAUUAUGGAUUAAACUACGCUCUAGUGCUCAUUGUAGUUUACUCCCUACGAGCAACAACUUGUUAAUUGUCUGUUAAUUAUUUAAUUCGUUCUUUUUUUUUUCCAAUUAAUAAACUCGUAAGUCGUAUUACCAAAAAAGAUUAGUUUAGAAAUUGUGUUACCUAAGCUAUGUGAUUAUUACAAUGGGCUGUAUUUACAGUAGCAGAAAAACUUUACCACCUUUUUUCUUCAAAGUUAUAAAUAUAGAUGACAAUGGUAAAGAAAAAUACCAUGGACAAAUGGAAGUCACCGCUUGCAAUCUGAUAUUGCAUAAAAGUGGAGAACCGUCUAUUAUUUGGCCAUUAAGUACAAUUCGACGUUAUGGAUAUGAAAACUUCAUGUUUUGCUUUGAAGCCGGCCGCUCGUCUCCCCUUGGCCAAGGCAUAUUUGCAUUCAGAAGUAAAGACGCCAAAAAUAUUUUUAAUGCUGUCAAAGAAAAAUUACAGAUUGACAGUGGAACAGAUAUAAUUAAAGAUAUUACUUCUGAAGUACGUAAUUAUUCUGGUCAGUCAUGCACGAGUACACAUACUAUUGAAAAAGUAUAUGAUGAGUUUAGUUUCAAUGGACAUAGGUUUAGUAGCGAGUCAAAUAACAUCAUCCAACCUCCUGAUCUAAUGCUAGACCCAGAUAUUCCAUUAAUACCAAGAAGUUCUUAUGUAAACAUGCUAAAUGACAAUGAAGAAGACGAAGAUGAUUUAUUUUAUGAUCCUUUUGAGUUACCUAAAGAUACUCCUACUUAUACUGAAGUUGAAAUAGCUGUAUGCACACCUAAAAGGAAGAGUGAAUCAUUGCCUACUUCCCCGACAGAUAUACCAAGUUAUACAGCAAUAGAUUUCAAUCAAACAAAGCAUUUAAGUCAAAAAAUGCUUAGGGGUAGUGAAGAUGCUGGAAUCAGGAAAACUAGAAAUGAUUCUACAAUGAGCAAUCCUUAAUGUCAUCAGAACAAACACAAUUUGGAGACCAAUUUUAAGUUUUUGCAUUUAUAUUGCUCAGUGCUUUUUUUUUUUUUUGUUAUAAAGAGAUAUGUCUAGAACAAAAUUAGUAUUUAGUUGUAUAAGGAUAAAUAAAGGUUAUAUUUCAAAAUCAUUAGGAAUAAAAUAAUUCCUAAUAACAUUAUCAGCAGUUAAUAUUUACAAGUUUAUUUGUUUAAUAAUCAUACCAAAGCCAAUGUGAUGUGUUUUCAACACAGAUCUUUUUUAAGUUACUAAUAUUUAUAUGUACUGUCAAACACUCUGAAUAAUUACUGUUAUGUUAUUAUAGUAGUUUUAAGAUCUGUUCAUUGUUAUUUUGUGCCAUA